UACAGUGAAUUUCUGAUAUACCAAAAAAGGGGGCAAAAAUGAAAAUGAAAAUGAGAUGGUGAGAAAAGGGCGGGUAUUGCUAUUAGAAGAGUAUUGACCUAAAUUAUAGGGGUUGUAUAAUAAUGACAUACCAUAAGACCAGGCGCACCGGUGGUGGUGUAUCUCAUCUCUCAUCUCUCAUCUCUCAUCUCUCAUAAUCAUACUCAUACUCAUACUCAUAGAUAGACAUCAAUCUCAACGCAGCAGCUCCGAUGGGAAGCAAAGAACGAGCUAAGGAGAGAAGAGAAAAGAGAAUGCAAGAAAUUUCCCUUCUCAGGACCAUUCCCUAUUCCGAUCACCAGAGGUGGUGGUCCUCAGAAACCAUUGCUGUGGUAACCGGUGCUAAUAGAGGAAUUGGAUUUGAGAUCUCUAGACAGCUUGCAACGCAUGGAUUGACUGUCAUAUUGACAUCAAGAGACAGUAAUGUUGGGCUUGAAGCAGCUCGGGUCUUACAAGAAGGUGGUCUCAAUGUUGUCUUCCAUCAACUUGACGUCUUAGAUCAUUUAUCUAGGAAACAGUUUUCUGACUGGCUACAACAAAACUAUGGUGGUUUAGAUAUUCUGGUAAAUAACGCAGGUGUUAAUUUCAAUCUUGGGUCUGAUAAUUCAGUCGAAUAUGCCCGGAAGGUUAUUACGACCAAUUAUUUUGGCACCAAAAAUAUGACUGAAGCUAUGAUACCCAUGAUGAAGCCUUCUACAGCUGGUGCUCGAAUUGUUAGUGUGAGCUCGCGGUUAGGUAGAUUGAAUGGCAGAAGAAAUAGGAUUGAAGAUGUGACUUUGAGAGAAGAACUAGGCAAUUUGGACUCACUCACAGAGGAACUGAUUGAUAGGACUGUAUCUAAUUUCUUACAGCAAGUAGAAGACAGCACUUGGACAUCAGGUGGCUGGCCUCAAACAUUUACUGACUACUCAGUAUCGAAACUUGCAAUUAAUGCUUACACCAGGCUAAUGGCAAAGGUACUCUCUGACCGGCCAGAUGGUCACAAAAUUUAUAUUAACUGCUAUUGCCCGGGCUGGGUGAAGACUGCUAUGACAGGUUAUGCUGGGAACAUUUCAGUCGAGGAAGGAGCUGAUACUGGAGUAUGGCUUGCCCUGCUCCCUGACCAGGCAGUAACAGGGAAAUUUUUUGCAGAGAGGCGUGAAAUAAACUUCUAAAGCAAUUAGACCAAAGACUACUGCAGGCUUUAACAUCCAGUUAUAUUUUUUCGUAGAGCUUGUAAAAGUUCAAAAGGCCAAAGGAAACUUUGAAACUGUUAAGGAAAAAGAUGUUUGUUGCACUACAUUAUGCACUGAAGGAAUGCCUUGUGGAUUUGUUCAAUGAAUGAGAGCCAGCAACUGUCACUGUUGGUAUGGAGAUGAAUAUUAUGAAAACCCUAAUGUGUUUGAUCCAUAAAUGGGGAUUUCAAGCACUUCUGUGAUACUCCUUUGGAAGUCAGAAUAAGUUUAUUGACGUCUUUAAGCAUAACAAGGCCAUUUAACUUACACGGAUAGUUGCCAUUUGAGGCUAUAUUAAGCUGUGACUUGAGAGGCUUCUCUUGGUUAAUUUGUGCCUUGUAUUCGCUUAUUCAGGCUGCCUUUUUCAUGCUUGUGGAAAUUUGCAAUUCCUUUGAAAUUUAAGAAUUCUGUUAUAUGUUUUCAUGAGAAUGCUAGUUUUUCUUGGGGGUGAGAUCACCAUUUCUCUU